CAAUAUUUAUCUACGAGUGCGGGAAAACACACAGAGAGCUUUAUUCGUCCGUAUUGCGAUGAGAAACAUGAGCAACGGCGCAGCGGAUAAUGGAGUACUGGAUCUAGAUAUUAUAAACGAGUACCUUCUGGAAAAGUCCACGAAGGAGUUGUCAUUGACAGUCUCUUCAACAUUGCCUCUUCCCGGUCCUCCACCUCCACCUGUGGAGCAGGACAUCCGGAAAGUAUCUAGAAGCAGGUGUAGUGCUCCAGUGUUGGUCUCCAGAGGAACCGCACCGCUGCCUACGUACAACUGUAACCAGGUCCCAUCUGCUCACACUGAUGGUAUGGCAUCAAUGCAUACUUCACGAGGUCACAAAGUGGCACCUCAUCGGCGUGGACAGGGAUCUGCAGCGGCCCCGUGUCUUUCUCUGCAGAUCGGAACAGAACAUCUGGAGAGCUUUCUGGAGAAGCCAGAGCUGGUGGUGGUGGAGCAGCCGAAGGAGCGUGGCAUGAGAUUCCGCUAUGAGUGUGAAGGACGAUCGGCGGGCAGCAUCCUCGGAGCGUCCAGCACUGAUGUCAACAAGAGCUUGCCUGCUAUCGAAAUCCAAGGCCCCAUUGACACCAUCAAGAAAGUGACCGUCACCGUGUCUCUAGUGACAAAAGACAUCCCUUACCGUCCACAUCCACACUGCUUGGUUGGGAAAGACUGUUCAGAUGGCAUCUGUGUCAUCCAUAUUAAUCCUCACAGUUCCUGUAGACACAGUUUUGCAAAUUUGGGGAUUCAUUGUGUGCGGAGGAAGGAACUUGAUGCCUCGCUGCAGAAGCGAAGGAAUAAGAAUAUUGAUCCUUUUAACACGGGCCACUCGAAGAGCAUUGAAGAUAUGGACAUGAAUGUGGUGAGACUGUGUUUCCAGUGUGAACUAGAGCGAAAGGAUGGAGAAAGGAUCCAACUUGGCCCUGUGGUGACCAAUCCCAUCUAUGACAAGAAGGCGACUACAACGGCAGAGUUGAAAAUCAAUCGGCUCAACAUCAUCAGAGGCCCUUGUACAGGAAAAACUGAGAUUUAUAUGCUCUGUGACAAAGUGCAAAAAGAUGAUAUUGAGAUAAUCUUCAGCUUGGAGGACUGGGAGGGCAAAGCUGAAUUUGCCCAGACAGACGUCCACAGACAGAUCGCCAUUGUCUUCAAGUCCCCGCCCUUCCGGGAGCAGAACAUAUCGGAGGAGGUGGAGGUCAAUGUGUGUCUACGCCGUAUGUCUGAUCGGAUGGACAGUGAAGCAGUGAAAUUUACCUAUGUUCCAGACAAUGCAGAUCCAUAUGGUGUAAACCGCAAGAGGAAAAUGAAAUCAGAUAUUAAGUUCAGCGAGCCAUGCAGUGUCCCUCAAGGUCAAGACCUCAUUGCGAACGAACCCAACAUGCCUCAGCAGUUCGACCCAUUCUACGCUCUUCCCGAGUGCAACGUUCCUAACAUUCCGAUGGCGGUCCCUGCUCAGGACGGAGCCGUCCACUUGCCACCCCAGGGCAUGGAUGGAAUUCAGUACAUUGAGGAAUUUAAACAAGAAGACAUUUGUGUUAGUCUGGAUCCAGAAGCUUUGGAAUUCAUCCUUCAGAGCAUUAAUCAGUGCUUAGGUACGCACGACACGUUUAUGGUUAAUCCCGAGUUCAACUUUGCUGACAACGUGGAUACAAAGUCAAAUUUAGAGGCUGGCCAACCUAUGAUGAACAUGGCUUCUAUAAAUGAUGCACACUUCAGUCAGAUGGUGAGUGAGAACCAGAUGUUUCCAUCAGACCUGGAGAACAUCGAAGGUCUCUUAUGCCCUGUGAAAAGUGAGAAUGAACUCAACCAUUGAAUGCACAUGUGAACUCUUGUGUCUUGACUGUUGGGACUUUGGUCAUACAGACGCUGCUUGACUAUAAACACAGAGUGGACCAGGCAAAAUGACCUGCAGUUUGGUUGUGUGCAUAUUGAUUCAAUAAAUCGUGGACAUGAAAAACUGAUAGAAGGUGGGACUGAUUUUUUCAGCCACUGUAUCUGUUGGAAAAGGGAGCAACAGAUGCUGCUCGACCACUUAUAAUGUGCCAGUUAUAAAAUUGAUAAUUUAUUUUUGGGCUUUUCAAGUAAACGCCAGUAGUCCCAUGCUCAAGUUUACUUACUAACAUAUUUAAGUGUUGUAUUUAACGUGGCGUUUGUUACUGGUUAACAUUUCUGAGGUUCACAUGAAGUGAUUUCAACGAGCGGCAAUAACACUUUAGUUCUAGUCGUUCGAUUUAUUCAUGUCAUUUACACCAACCAGACAGUGCGCUCUAACCAGACACAACGUACAAAGCAUCAAUAUCCACCAGCCGUUCAGAAGACCAAUUUCUCAGUUAACAUCAUAUACGUGUUGAAUAAAGUUGUGCUACAAUCUCAAGAUAUAUUGGCCAAUAAUCGGUAUCAGUCGAUAAAAGCUAUUUUUCAAACUAUCUGCCGAUAGUUUCAAAACAGCAGAUGAUCAGGGCCGAUAUGUUCUGUCAAUCAAAAGAGGACAGGAAAAUGCAACGAAUUUGUGCUCUGUAAAAAAGGGUUAAAAAACAUCAGCAGUUUGAUGUUCAAUAUCAUAAUUCAAUAGUCAUUAUAUGAAUUAAUAACAAUCAGAAAGUUUAGAAUAUUGAUUUAAGCUUCUGUAUCGGCAUCACAUCGGUUUCGGAGGAGAAAUUUAGGAGCGUGCAUCUCUUAACAAUUGCAUGUAAACAUAUUGAGGAAAACUUAUCCAUUGCCUUAGUCUUUGUAGCAUUAUGUCACCAAUCUGAGGCCUUAAGGGGGUUCUGGCCGUGACCCACCAAACUGACAGCACAAAAGGUUGUGGGUUCGGAACCCAGGAAACACACAAUGAUCAAAUGUGUAGCCUAAAUGCACUGUAAGUUGCUUUGGAUAAAAAUGUAAUUGAAAGCCAGGGUGUUGUGGGCUUUUGGGACGGGGCCCGACCUCAGCACCUCAAACGCUUAUAAAUACGCUUAUGAUAAAGCGUUCGAGUUGUAAAACAGCACACUAACUAGGUGAUCUCCUACAAUUUUAUCUGAACCCACCUUAAAAGUUACAACCCAGCCACAACAUGUGAAGCAUUUAUCCGUCAUAAAAAACUAAGUAUCAAAUGUGAAAAAUAUUAUUUGCUGCAUUACAGCAUUUUAACUGUGGACGGAUACGUCGUGCCUGGUUAGGACACAUUGUAAAGUUUAGCAGGAAAAUGGAGGAAUUGAAAGAAAAUGCAGAAUAUCUAGUCAGUGGCAUGCAGUGUGUAUAGUGCUUAUGUCUGUUAUAACUGUACAUUUUAAUCAAUAUUAAUGUUUUGAAGGAAGCUGCAAUCAUGGUAGCAUCGUGUUAAUUGUUGAAAAAGCAUUUCGUCCAUAAAUAAAGUCUAAAAUACUGCUGUGAUUCAUCCUUGUAGAAAAGUCUGAAGUCUGCUAGUUGCAAGCAAAACAUUGCUUUUUACCUGAUAUUGUGUGUGCAGCUGUUAAUAUUAAAGUCCCAGUGAAAUAAAAAU